AUGAAUAUCGCGCAGCCGAUCUCGUCCGGGGUCGAAAGCGUCGAGUUUACAUUCCUGUCGCCAAAAGAAAUCCGAGCAAUCUCUGUGAAGAGGAUAGAAAACGACAGUACUUUCGACAGCCUUCUCAAUCCCGUCCCAGGUGGUCUCUAUGAUCCUGCUCUUGGCUCCUGGGGUGAUGCGCCGUGUACAACAUGUAACCUCAACCAGGCUACCUGCCCAGGCCAUGCUGGCCAUAUCCAGCUUCCUGUCCCAGUCUACCACCCUGUCUUCAUGGACCAAGCUUAUCGACUCUUGAAGGCCUCCUGCGUCUACUGCAAAGGCUUCCGACUUCCUCAGAAAGAUCUUCACAAGUACGUGUGCCAGUUGAAGCUGCUUCAGCAUGGCUUGAUUCAAGAAGCCCACAUGGUGGCCGUUAUUGGCGAAAACGAACUGGCUAUUGAACUUGGCAACUUCUCUGAAUUGGAAAGCGAAGCAGAAGAGGAAGGCGCCAGCAGUUCGAUUGACAGUGUGACUCGCGCAAGAGACAAGUUUGUUGAAAAAUGUCUGCGCGGUAUCAAGAUCAAACGCGGCGACACGAAAAGGGGAAAGCACGAAGGCUCAAGCGAGAUGCGUCGUGAGAUUAUCAAGGAGGUUCUUGCAGAAAUCACCAAGCGAAGACUUUGCUCCAGCUGUGGCGGCAUCUCGCCCUCAUACCGCAAGGAUCGGUUUGUCAAGAUUUUUGAGAGGUCGCUCUCUGACAAGGAAAAGGCCAAGAUGGCUCAGAAGAACUUCAAGCAAGCCGAUGCCAUGGCCAGAGUUCAACAAGUCACAACUAAACAAAAACCUGAUGGGUACUCAUCUGACGAAGGUGUGGCGGAUGUCGUUUCUCCAACUCUUGAGAAAUCACAACUCGAUAGAGCGGAUGCCGACCAGGAUACAGAGAUGAUGGACGCCGACACUACCGCCGUUACUGAUUCUUCACAACGAUAUAUUAGCGCCAUGGAAGUUCGAGCCCGUCUGAGCGAACUUUUCACCAAGGAGCAAGAGUUGAUCUCCCUCUUGUAUAACGCAAAACCCCCAUCCCGAAGCUCCACGAAGGUCACGCCUGAUAUGUUCUUCUUGAUGACCAUCCUAGUCCCGCCCAAUCGCUACCGUCCCGAAGCGCGAACAGGGGAGUCUGAGAUUUCUGAAGCCCAACAAAACUCUCUUUACAAAAACAUCCUGCGAGGUUGCGGGACGAUAGCCCGACUACAUAAGCAAUUGAAGGAGGAGGCCGCCGACGUUAAUCAGCUGCACCAAGCAUGGACAGAAUUACAGGAAUCGAUCAACUCGCUCAUCGACAAGGACAAGAAUCCCGUUCAAGGCGCGGCGGCGAAGCGCAAUGAGGAUGGUAUCAAGCAGAAGCUCGAAAAGAAGGAGGGUCUCUUCCGAAAGAAUAUGAUGGGUAAGCGUGUCAACUACGCAGCCCGAAGUGUCAUCUCGCCCGAUCCCAACAUCGAGACAAACGAAAUCGGUGUGCCGCCUGUUUUUGCCAAGAAAUUGACAUAUCCUGAGCCUGUUACAAGCCACAAUUUCCGUGACAUGCAGCAAGCAGUCAUCAACGGCGUCGACAAAUGGCCUGGUGCUUUCGCAAUUGAGAACGAAAAUGGCCAGAUUGUCAAUCUUCGCAACAAGUCAGUCGAUGAUCGUGUGUCGCUGGCCAACCAGCUCCUUGCCCCUACGAGCAGCAACGCUGCUCGGACUAGGAACAAGAAGGUCUACCGUCACCUUACAAACGGUGAUGUCGUCUUGAUGAACCGACAACCAACCCUUCAUAAACCUUCUAUCAUGGGUCAUAGAGUUCGGGUUCUCCCUGGCGAAAAGACCAUUCGCAUGCACUACGCCAACUGCAACACAUACAAUGCCGAUUUUGAUGGUGAUGAAAUGAACAUGCAUUUCCCUCAGAACGAAGUUGCCAGAGCAGAGGCUCUCCAGAUUGCUGAUACCGACCACCAAUACCUUUCUGCUACAGCUGGAAAGCCUCUCCGAGGUCUCAUUCAGGAUCACAUUUCAGUUUCCGUUGCUCUCUGCAACCGUGAUACUUUUCUCACCAAGGGCGACUAUCAACAGCUGGUUUACAAUGCAUUGCGCCCUGAAAGUGGCCACAUUGUUGGCGAGAGGAUCGAGCUUGUUGCUCCAGCAGUAAUCCGACCUGUUGCUAGAUGGACCGGAAAGCAAGUCAUCACUACCAUUCUGAAGAAUAUGCAGCCUCCCAAUUGUGGUGGGCUUUGCCUGAAAUCUGCGACGCAGAUCAAGGCUAGUCAGUGGGGUAAGAACUCCGAAGAAGGCACUGUACUGUUCCAGAAUGGCGAGUUUAUUACUGGAAUUCUGGACAAAUCGCAAAUCGGUCCUAGUUCUGGUGGUACCAUACACGCUGUCCAUGAAAUUUAUGGCCCUGCUGUUGCGGGUAAAUUCUUGAGUAGUCUGGGCAGGCUCCUCACGCGGUACCUUAACAUGAGGGCUUUUUCGUGUGGUAUGGAUGACUUGAGACUCACGCCGGAGGGCGAGUUGGCCCGACGACAAGCACUUGUACCUGUCGACUCAGUUGGACUUGAAGUUGCGUCUUCCUACGUUUCACUUGAGCAGAACCCUGGUCCCAGGGACCCUCUACUCCUGGAGCGUCUUGAAGAGGUACUUCGCGAUGACAACAAACAGGAGGGUCUCGAUCUUCUCAUGAAGAGCAGUCUUGGACAGAUCACAGAUCAGAUCCAGCAAGUCACUAUGCCUAUCGCCCUCGAGAAAGCUUUCCCCUUUAACCAGAUGCAAGCAAUGACGACAUCCGGUGCGAAAGGAUCCAGAGUCAACGCCUCUCUAAUCUCUUGUAACCUUGGUCAACAGGUUCUGGAAGGUCGCCGUGUGCCAAUCAUGGUUAGUGGCAAGUCAUUGCCAUGUUUUAACCCAUUUGAGACACACGCUCGAGCCGGUGGUUACAUUGUGCAGCGUUUCCUUACAGGCAUCCGCCCCCAGGAGUACUACUUCCAUCAUAUGGCUGGUCGAGAGGGUCUGAUUGAUACUGCAGUCAAGACAUCACGUUCCGGCUAUCUGCAGCGAUGUGUCAUCAAGGGCAUGGAGGGCCUGACUGUCGCGUACGAUACCACCGUGCGAGACGCUGAUGGCUCCAUGAUCCAGUUCCUCUAUGGCGAGGAUGGUCUUGAUGUUUGUAAACAGAAGUACUUAAACGACUUCAGCUUCAUCUUGGAGAAUGUCACUUCAGAGGCCGCACAACUUCAAUACGAUCCGAGCGUUGGAGAACGCCUAGGACAGCAUCGCGAGGCUAUUACCAAGUUUAUGAAGAAGGCCCUUAAGCACACCAAGGUCCAUGAUCCUAAAGCCCAGGACCCGGUUUCGAGUCACUUCAACCCCGCUACAACUGCCUUUGCCACUUCUGAGACGUUCUUCAAGAAAAUGACUGAAUACCUCAAAGAGAACAAGGAUGGUCUUGUCCGCGACAAGUCUGACAAGAACAAGCUCGCCCUCUCGCGUGUCAGCCUGAACAAGAAGAAUGCAGAGAUGCUCUUCGCGAUGAAAUACUUGCGCUCUCUCGUUGAGCCUGGAGAAGCUGUCGGUAUUGUGGCCGGACAAUCUGUUGGAGAGCCUUCGACACAAAUGACGUUGAACACUUUCCAUUUGGCUGGUCACUCUGCCAAGAACGUCACACUCGGUAUUCCUCGACUCCGAGAAAUUCUCAUGACGGCUAGCAACAAGAUUUCCACCCCGGCCAUGUCCAUCUACCCCAUUGAGGAGAUGUCUGCGGAGGACGCGGAGAUCUUUGCCAAGUCAAUCUCAGUGCUGCCUCUUGGUUAUAUUCUUGACAACAUCAGCGUUGAGGAGAAGGUUGGCCAGGGCAAGCUUUAUGGUUCAGCCAAGACCUACUCGAUCGACCUCAAAUUCUUUGAUUCCAACGAGUACACAAAGACGUAUGCCAUCAAGAUUUCAGAUGUUGUCAAUGCAGUAGAGAAGAAGCUCCUCCAUCGCUUAUUAUCUCUCGUGAAGAGGGACAUUAAGAAGCGACAAAAUCAUUCCACGAUGGCCACCCCAGAAGUUGGCGUGAAGGCUGGUGUAGUAGAAACCGCUGCCCCCAAUGCCGAGGCUGCUGGCAAUUUCGACGAAGACGACGACGACGAUGAAGGUGAUGAGGACGCCACAAACGCUAAACAGCGAGCCAACAGAAGUGAGGCAGUUUCGUAUGGCCCUAACGAUGAUGAGGAUGAUGCCGUGCAGCAAGAGAUGGUCCGGGAUGCCGCCGAUGCCGAUGAUGACGAAGGCUUUAGUGGCAGCCCACGUCAGGCGGGUGAGGAGGAGGAAGAGGAAGGUGGUGAUGCUGUCAAUUGGGGUGCCAAGGCACGAACCAACCGUGUUCUCGAGGAAUAUGACGAAAUCACGGAAUUCGUGUUCGACGAGAAGCAUGGAACUUCCUGCAGCUUCACGCUCGAGUACGACUCAGCCAUUCCCAAGGUCCUCAUGCUCAACCUUGUUCAGGAUGCUGUGAAGAAGACCGUGAUUCAGGAAAUUUCAGGUGUCGGAGCCUGCACUUUCGUUGAGGAGAAGAGACCAAAUAAGGAGACGAAGAAGGACGAGAUGGUUAAGGUCAUCCACACAGCAGGUGUCAACUUGCAGGCCAUGCAGCGGUACAGCGAUUUCAUUGACCCGAACCGCAUUGAGACCAAUGACAUUGCCGCCGUCCUGGAGGUCUAUGGUGUUGAGGCAGCUCGGAAUAACAUUGUUCGAGAACUGUUUGGUGUCUUCGACUCUCACGGUAUUGCCGUCGACAAAAGACACUUGAACCUGAUUGGUGACCACAUGACCCGAGGUGGUGGUUUCACACCAUUCAACCGAAUGGGUCUCAAGGGCAAUGUCAGUCCGUUCACUAAGAUGAGUUUCGAGACGACUUUGGGAUUCCUCAAGGAUGCUGUAUUGGAUGGUGACUGGGAUGAUUUGUCUACACCCAGUGGUCGGUUGGUAAUGGGCAGACUUGGAAAAGUGGGCACUGGUGGUUUCGAUGUUUUGGCGCAGCUUCCUACACAUCAUGUUGAUUCUUUGGCGUAA